GCCAAAAUUGGAAGAUCACGGGAAUUGCUUGGCGAUGGGGACCUGAUUCUUAUAGAAGAAGAGAAUGAGAGCCCUUGGCUUAAGCACUCGAAAAUAUCACAUCGACCACUCCCCGGCUGGCUUCUCCACCCUCUACACGCUGCUCUCUCAACUCUCCUAGUCUCCUACCACCCCCGGCAGCAGAGAAACCAGCAUGACCAAGGCGAAGAGGAUGGAGCAGAUGGUGGGGAGCCCAGGGACAUGGAGCGGAAUGGUGCUGCGGGUGUCGCAAUGCGUCUUCGCCGCCGCAUCCGUCUGUGCCAUGCUCACCGCUUUCCUCUUCUCGGAGAGCCCCGCCUUCUUCUAUUUGAUGGACAGCCCUGCCAUGUGCUUUAUGGGUACUAUGAUGCCCCUGCAGCUUGUGUGGAGUUUGGGCCUUGCUUGUGUUGAUAUAUAUGCUAUGAGGAAUAGAAAAGACCUUCACGAACGAACGUUUGUAUUCUUCUUGGUUGUCGGUGACGGGAUCAUGGCGCUUCUCACUUUCACAGCAGCAUGUGCCUCCGCCGGUGUAUCGACUCUCUUUGUGUGGGAUGUGCACUUCUGCACAAAGGUGGCCUGCGGUCAAAUCGUGCUUUCGAUCGUCCUGGCAUUCAUCGCGUUUUUGUUGGUGGCUACAUACUUUUUCUCCAUGUUUGGGCUACAUGCUUCAUUUUCCUAGUGAUCUUUGCGAGUCUGUAAUCAACGUCACGUUGUGCUAAUUGUCAGGACCGUAGAUUGAUUGCACUGUGCUCAGAUGAUGUGGAACCAAUUAAGAUGAAGAUUAUGCUUUGGUUAUCCCGUUA